AUGAGUUGGAUGGUUGCAAUACAGCCUUCCCUGGUUGCCGGUACUUCUCUCAGCCCGCAGUCGAGUACGUCUGGGGUUGACGCCACACCCGCGACGAGUUCCAAGCGGAAGUAUACAUCGACGGCAUGCGAGUACUGUCGCUUCAAACGGAAACGGUGUGAUGGUCAGCCUCGUUGUCGCACAUGUGUCGACGCCAACAAGCAAUGCGUGUAUCGCUUCAACGACAAGAGAAAAGCGAGCGUUCGACAGGAGGGAAUCCAGCUUCUUGAGGCCCAGAACGAGGAGCUGCGCUCCUUGCUCGACGUGCUCAAAUACGGUAGCGAUGAGGAAUCUCUAGCGGCCUUGCGAGCCCUCCGUUCCCCUCAGGCAACGACACCUCGUCGACGGUCCUCGAACCUCCUGUCUGAUGUAUAUGGCGUGUCUCAUCCAAAGUUACCCUCGCUAUCGCCGGAAGACAUCGAACAUUUCCGGGCAGAUCAAGGAAGUCGACAGUCUGGUUCUCCAGCCCAGCCUUCAUCUUGGCCGUCGCUCAGAUUCUUCAACUAUCCAUCUAUCUUUACCCCGAGCCAAUUACCACCUGAAGGUGACCUUCGGAAAGGCGCCGACAUAUUUCUCCAAGUGACGGCUGGCUUGUUCCACAUCAUGACCAUGGACGAGUUUGACCAGCUUUGUGACCAGGCGUUUCGGCCAAUAUCGCCACCAGACACUUUCAUCGUCGCCAAAAUAUGUGCUGUAGGCGCCAUUGGUGCUCACUUCAACGUUGACGACACCACUGGGGAACUCAAAGACGCCCUCUUCCAUACCGCUAUCCACCACAUAUCCGAGAUGGUUGAGCUGGGCAACCUGCAAACUGUCAAAUAUCUUGCUUGCCUUUGCGCGUUCGGGAUGGUCGACAAGCGAAAGAGCACUGCGCGAUUAAUCCAUCUCAGUCUGCAGAUCGCGCGAUGGAACUUGGCUCUGCCUAAACAUGAGCUCAUGGGAGAUGCCCACGAGUGGAGCAGAUUGUAUCGAACAGUGACCUUUUUUGAAUGCUGGCUAUCGGCGUCGUUGGGCUACCUGAAUGACAUGUCUGAAGAGACUGAGCCUUUUACGUCCCUCACGGCCGCCAUAUACGGGCUUCAAGACGACAACGUGACGCAAAUCAAGGCGAAAGAAAUCAUGAAUCUGAAGGCCCGCGUGUGCAAAGCGUCGUGCGGUCUCGACCCGCCCACCGAGCAGACAAUCAGGGAUUAUAUGACCGACUUGGGAGCCUGGUAUCAGAGACUGCCACCUAACAUGACUUUGACGGUCUUGUUAAACGGUGACGCCAAUCCGCUCUCGGCGGCACAACAAGGCGCGCUCCUGCUCUCCCAUGCCACGUACCUGGGUGCUGUCAUGAUGUUGCAUCGACGGGUCCUGGUGAGCGUCUCGGAUGCUGUGCUCGGCCAGGUCGAGGACACGGAUAUCUGGAGCACGCCCGUGCAAGAGCAUCUGGCUCAUUCUAUUGAGGCGGCACGGGCCAUCGUGCGCAUUUUCAUCCUGCUUCGCUUCGGCACCGCGACAACAAACAUGCACGUCCGGUGUUGGAUUUGCAUCUUGGAAACCUACACAGCCUGCACCAUUCUCUUGUACAACAUCGCAUUCAGGACCAUCCAGCACGUCGCACAAUGCACAGAGAUGCAACUGGACCUGGAACGUGUGGCGACCUGUCUCGGCAUGCUCAAGGCAUCUGCAUUGGUGGACAAAGUGUCUCACAGAAUGUGGGUGGUAUUGGCAGCUGUGCACCAUGCCGUUGUGGUUUCCACGGGCCAUCAAACAUAUCCAGUCUCAUCUCUAGAAGUCGAGUCAAGAAGCCUUCCGCAUCCCCACCAACUCAACAGCAUGGUCGGGUCGGCGUUUGGGCAAUACAGCUCGUCGGCGGCGCCCUCGCCCAAGUCGGCGCCCCAGGGUUGUGUGUCUGCCAUUCAGGCAUUUAAGCGCGCCACUGAUAUGUUGCGAGAUCCAUUUGGCCACGGCCCAGAAGGAGGAUUUCGGCUCCUCUCACGCGAUUCGAGCGCCGAAGCCUUGGACUGGUGGUCUGCCGUUGCUGCCUGA